GACGUCCGUACCUAUUACCUGUGCGUUCUGAUAUUACGGUUUUUUUUAUCGUCGUGUUAAACGACUAAAAAAUAAUGUUGUAUAAACAGAAAAAUUGUUGUAUUAGCUAUUAGAAUAAUAUCGUAGAUACGAAUACGAAAGUGCGGUAUUCAGUCGGUGUCACUUGACACUUUUGACACUUUAUCUAUGUGCGUAAAACGCACGGCGGCUGUAAUCACUUCGCGCAGCACGAUGUUAUCAAGAGUUAUCUAUAAUAGUUACAUUAUUUGUUAUAAUUAUUUUUAUAUUAUUAUUAUUAUUAUUAUGGUAUUCCGUCCGUUUCACGCGCCGGUCAAUUUAUUCGCGGUACCGGUAUAAUGUUAAUUUUGACCUUUCCAUACUCGCCGCCACCACCGUCACCUCUCGCCGUUUAACUCGUUUGCGGUUUUUUUAUUUUUUUUUUUUUGGUUCUCUGCUCUGUUCGAAUAACUCCGGAACUCGCAGACACCACGGGUACGUGAGAUCCGUGCAUAUUUCUUUGGUCUAUACAUACCUAUCGCCGUCGCGUGUUUUUGCGCAUUCGAAAUGCAGUAUACCCAGGUAGAUUGUGCCGAAUGUUAAACUCAAUCGAUAUGUUUACCGUAAUUUUUAACGCCAAUUGUCCGGAAAAAUGUGUGUCUGUUAACGAUAAGAACGUUCGGUAAAUCCGUAUUAUGUAUGUCCGUUUUGUCAUUUACUAUUUUCGAACAUUUUUAGACAUUUUCGUGUAAUAAUAAAUCACAAUAACGACGGUUCAAAGUACUGAGAAUUACGUGCAGAGUUUAAUGGACGAUUAUCUAUAUGAUUAUCGAACGUCAUUCUAGGUACUCAUACUUAUAAUUAAUUCGAAAUAUUUUUUGACUGCAGGUAGGUGAUCAUUGACAGAAUACUUUAUAAAAAUAUAAUCAUGUUCAACGUGUCAUACACCCAUUUGCAAAACAAUUUCGGAUUAAUUGUAACUUUAUUUAUUAAAAUACCUAUAGAUAACUUUCUUUUCAAACAAUGAUCGACAAUUUUCGAAUACAUACAUAGGUACACCAACUGUCCACCUAAACCAAAAGCAAAACCUUAAGUUACUAUGUGUGCCAAUAUAUUUUCGUGAUAGGUAGUAGUACUUACGUACCUCCUAUUUAUUCUAACAUUGUAGAACAUUUCGGUCGAGAUUUUUGUGGUACAGUGUUAUUUAAAAUUGUUGAUAUUAUCUUCAAGUUUCUGAAUUUUUACCCCACAAUUCAAUGUUUAUACCUGCAUAGGUAGAUACCGGAAUUGGUUAUUGCUAUUAGUCAUUAAAGAAAAUUAUAAAUUAACUUUGCCAACUAUACGAAUACAAAAUUAUUCAUUAAUGAUAAAAUAUAAUAUAGGUACAAUCACCUAUAAAAUUCCAACAUUUUUACUGUAAAUAUAGGUACAAUCAAUAUUGUAUUCAAUAUCAAAUUCAAAAUGUUUUCUUUUUUAAAUUUCAAUUUAUUUGUUGUCAUUAUAUCUAUGUACUUUUAUGGUUCAUCAUAAAAAAUUUAGUUUUAAAUUACACGGAAACUUUUUUAUAGAUAGAAAUUUUUCUAGCUAAAAUUAACCUAACUAUUACUACCUAUAUAUAUAUAUAUAAAAGUUAUACCUAAAUAGUACCUAGGUACCUAUAAAAUUACUUUUAAAUAUUUUUUUAUUUUGGUAUUUUAACAUUAAAUUUAUUAUAAGAAUGUUAAUAAGUAGUUUUUUUAAAAUUUCAUAAUAGCCAAUACCUAACCUAAAUAGGAAUAUUACACAAAUAUUUGUUAAUGAUUUAGAGUUGUGUAGACCAUAAACUUAUAAUUUGAUUUUUUAUGUAUAUAUAUUAUAAGUUAUGAUCUUGGUUAAUCAAAUUUGUUUGAUACAAUAGUUCAAUUUAAUAAUUCUGAUAUGCUGAUUUUUUUUAAAUAUUAUUUCAUCAAACAUCAUUAAAUAUAUUCUUAGAAGGUUCUUUAAUUUGUCAUCUGUCUAAACAUGUUUAUAAUUUGUCUAUAAUAAUAUUGUCUUAUUCAUUGGUGGUACCUAUUAUUAUUUAUAAGUAUUAUGGUACGUCAUAUUCUUAUAAAUAAAAGAAAUUUAGGUAUCAUAUUAUGAAUUUUGAACUUGGCUAACAUUAAAUAUAAUUAUUUAAUUGAAUAUUAUCCAUGAUUAUUUAUUUUUUAAUGGGCUAUUACAAUUUUUUUUUUUUAUUAUAAUAAGUGUCAUAGGUUUAAUUUGUACUAUUAUGUACUUAUUAUUCUUAAAUUCUGUAUAGUUAAAAUUGAUAUUAAUUGUGUUAUAAUAUUUAGAGUCUAUGUGUUUUUUUUUUUUUUUUGUCUCAAUAUUCAUAUAGAUUCUAGUUAAUAUUUAUAAAUUCGUAAUUUUGAUAAACAUGUUUAUCCAAAAUUUUAUUAGAAAAUAUCAAUACUCAAUUGUAUUGGUAUUUAAUAUUAAUUUAGUUUGUGUGUGUCAAUAUAGUCUUGAACUAAAAAAAAAACCGUUUAUAACCAACUAAAAAAGUACAAAUUAGUGUCUUGCAUGAUAGGUCUCUUCUAUAUAGAAGAGCUAUAUAGUUUCUCUUAUAAUAUGAAACCUAACUAUACAUUAUAAUACAACCACCAGUUUAAAAAUCUGCUAUUAAUAAAAUUACCUACAUAAAUGUUAUUAAUUUAUUAUAUUUUCAGUGUUUGUUUUUUGGUUAUAAAGCAAAGUGAAAAUGUUUAUUUUGAAAAAUGCUGAAGAAUUAAAUAAUUUAUUUAUAAGAAACAAAGAAAUGAACGUGUUGCUUCGCGAACAAGAUAGAAAAACAUUGUAUGAUUUAAUUGACAAAUUAUCUAAAGAUAAUUGCUCAGAUAUUUUUCUAACCUUCUUAGCACUACAAGUAAUAUAUUGUGCUUUUAAAAUUUGUAAUAUAUAUCCUUUUUUUAAAACUGCUAUUAAUUGAUAAUAUUAUGACCAACAUUUGUAUAAUACUAUAGUAUCAUGAGUUUAUUGACCCUAAGCAUAUUUAUCUAACUUAACUAAGUGAUUUAGUGAUCAGAUAUUAUUAUGACUUAAGAAUACAGCAUAUAUUUUUUUCAUGAUCGAGAAUAAAGCUUCAUUUAAGUAAAAAAAAAAUUAAUAUUAUUGUUAAACACAUCAAUAUAUAUAAUUUAAUAGCUAAUAAUUUUCUUAUUUUUUCACAAUUUUUAUUAUUCUAGAGCAUAUGAUUGAAGAAAACAUAACAUUUUGAUUUGUUUAUGGUUUUAAUGUUAAUAUUAUUGUUUAAUGGCAUAUCAUACCUGCAAUUAUGAUAACUACUUAAUGAAUCUCUUUUAAAUCAUAAUUAUAUAUUAAAUCAAGUUUUUUUUUCUUUUUAUUUCAGGAAAAUAAUUGUUCCAUUGAAAUAAUUUGGCAAUUACAUAUAAAACAAAUAAUUGAUUUUACAGAAUUUGUUACGUGGUUAGUAUGUUAAAAUACAUUACAAUUUGUUAGUUAUGUUUACAAUUAUUCUAAAGAUUUAUUGCUUUGUUAUAGUUAUAAAUUAGAUGUAGAUAAUAUUGUAAAAGCUUUAUUAUUUAUUUCGGAAUCAAAUGAUGAGUUAUCUCAGAAAAUAUUAACUGAAUUAUUAGCUAGUUUAUUUAUUCUUUUAUCUGGAGAACCCAAUCAUAAAUUUGAUAAGCAUCUAAGAAUUAUUCAGCGUUUUUUAAUUCAAGUAAGUACCUUCUAAUUUAGAGUUAAAUUAAUUUUUUAUAGUUUAUAAAAUAUACAUUUUUUCACAGUCUUGUUCAAUAAUCAUAAAAAAAAAUGAUGCUUGGAAAUAUUUGAAAAAUCUUAAAUGUUCACCCCUUAUAAUUAAAUCUACAGUACAUAAAAUAUUCAAAGUUAUGUUGAAAAAUAUGCUUAUGGUCGAUGUUGAUUUUCAUUUAGAUAAUGCAUAUGAACAAUACAGAUCAUAUAAAACACCAGAACCUGUAUCUGAUAUGCUUAAAAUGGUAUUUUAUUUUUAAUUAUUUACAAAUUAAAAAAUUGAAAUUAAAAUUAAAAUAUUUUAGUUUUUGGAUGAAAUCGAUGAUGAUAUUACUAUUUAUUCAUUGAUUCAUAGUGUUCUAUCUCAACAUUUAGAAAAAGCAAAUUGGAAAAUAAUAUUAUCUUUAAUAUCUACAUUUGUAAAAACAAAAUCACUCCAAUGUCACGCAUUAAAAUGUAAGGUUUUUUUGUUUAAAAUACACAAUAUAACAAUUCAAUGUUAUUCUACUUCCAACACAGUAAUUUCAUCUGUUAUAAAGAUAAGGAUUUUGGAAACAGAUUUGAAUUGAUUAUGAAGUCUAUUUUAGAUUGACAUUUUAUUUUUAUUUUUACUCUUAAUGUUUUUAAAAGUUCAAAAUUACAAUUUUUAAUAGAAUAAAUGGAAAAUAUAAGAAAUUAAAGUUAAUAACAAAUUCAAAUAUUUUUUUGGAAGUAGAAUAUAGUUAAUUUGUUGAGUGUAUUAGUGUAUCCGCUUUCAAUUCUUGUUCUUAAGAAUUUAUUUAAGAACUUAUUAAAUUGUCAAAAUUUGUUUUAUUUGUUUGUUGGUACUAUUUUAUAGCCAUAUGCGUGUACACAGGGUAAUCAGAGUAGUCAAUUGAGUUUUAGAUUACUAUGAUAUCAUUGUUAUUCAUUAAAAGAUUAAUAGUAGAGCCCUGAAAUAUUUACCAAGUAUUAUAUUUUCCAAACAUUGUAUAAUUUUUUAAAUAUCAUUCUUUCGAGUUAUUCUAAAGUAUUUGAAAUUUCUCACUUUGUAUGAAUUUUUCUUUUUCUGAAGAAAAAAAGUUUGAAAAAUUUGACACUGACUACGUCAUGUUCUUUUAGAAUUUCAAGUUCAGAUUUUUGAUAAAAUCCACUCGUUAUUGACUACUCUGCCAUUAAUGCCUGCGCACAGAACACGCCUAUACUUAUGAUACAAUAUUAUUGCUAAUUAUUUUAUUAUUUACUUACAGUAAAAUUAGAAGAACUGUUUAAUCAAACUUUAUCUAGUUCAACUGCAACCAAAGAUUUCUUAAUGUGUAAAGCCACUUUAUUAAUAUUUCGUCAUUGUUGUUUAGAAAUUGGCCUUUGGUCGGAAUACAGUAGAUGGUACAGUUCGUAUAAACCAAAUGUAGAUACUGCUAAAGUAUUCUACUCUUUGCUUACCAAACUUUUGCUUGAUGAUUUACCAGCUGCGUUAGCAUCCCAUCUCAAUGCUGUAAUAAAAAUAAAACAUUACCGCUCAAGUUUAUUUAUUUCUAAUUUAUAUAUUAUUAUUUCUAGCAACCUAAAUUAACAGAAUCGUGUAUUGAUAUACAAAACGAAUAUGUUAAAAAAGCUCAAGCACAACUAAUCAAAAUAAACAACGGACAAGAUUUUAUGGGUCUAUUCAAAGAUUAUGAUGAUUCUCAGGUAAAUUACAGCUUAUAAAUUAUUCAGUUUUAUUUAAUGAGUGUAUUUUUGUAUAUUUAUUUAGUAUAAUGCCAAUCAUUAGCAAUAUCCUAUUUUUAAAUUUAAUUUUAGUUAUUAAACUGCUGUUAAUAUAUUCCAAACCAAUUGAAAAAUUAUAAUGUAUUAUAGUAUAAUAUUUUAUACCUUUAAAUAGCACAGGAAUUAACUUUCACAUUGUUUUAGUAAUACAUGUUGAAAUUAAAUUAUCUUUUUUAAAUAUUUUAUUUCCAUUGUUGUAUAGAAGGAUAUUAUUGUUAACAAAACUUUUAAUAGUUUAUCAACAUUUGAUUUAAGUAAAUGUUUAUUUUUCUUUAGUUUAAAAAUCAUUGAAAUUAAAUUUCUUAAUAUAUGUAGGAACACUAUCAUAGAAUUACGAUACAGUCAUCAAUUAUUUACAUCUGAAUACAUUUAAAAUAUUAAUUACCUAUGUAAGCUAAUUUUUUUUUUUUUACAAUUUUAUAAAACUUCAACUAUAUAGUCAAAGAGCAGUUAAAUAAUGAGAACAGUUUUAGCAAAAUAUUUUAAAAUUAAAUACAUUUUUUUUUUAUUAUCUAGUUUACUGAAUAAUUAUUUUUCUGAUAUAAGAUUAGUCAUGAUUCACAUAAUUAUAAAAGAUGGCCCAUGAGUUCAAGUUGAAUAUUAAAUUCUGUUGUAUUGGUUUAAAUCAAAUGUAAAAUUAAAUUAGACAAUUAUUGUUAGUUUUUUUGUCAUACUUAUGUUAACCCUAACCUAACCUAACAUAGAUUCAAAAUAUAAGUAACAAUUAAUAUAUCAUUUUAAAAAUAAAUGUAAUAGACAGUAAACAAAUUUGUUAACCUAGUAUUUGAGUUUUUCUAGUCUAAAUGUUUGUUAUAUUUGAAAUCUCUGGUAUAUAAAUAGUUAGAUUAACAAACAAUACAAAAUUUAAAAAUUAUUAUUAAUAUUACUGUAUUGCAGAAUCGCCAUGAAGCAGAUAUUGUUAAAGUGCUUGAAUCAUUCAAAUCAACUGGACAAGUAAUGCGCGUAGUUUUAGAAGCAUUUGUUUUUAGAAACAAGUAUUUUAUUGGUACAUUUCUUAAAACUUUGAUGAAUACCCAAUCAGUUGAUGAUCAGUUACGAAACAGUUUUAUUGAAAAAUUAAACAGUAUGAAUAAAAUUCCUAAAAGUAUGUACAACAAGUGGAAACAAGAACAAAGAAGUAUUUAUUUUUCAUAACUACUCGUUAAAAAGUAUUUUCUGUAUUUACUCAAUAAGAAUAAUUGUAAAAUAAUAUUUUUAAUGUACUGUGUGAUUUAUAUUGUUAUUUAUGUUUAAAUAAUCAUACGGUUUAUAUAAAUCAUAAACCAUCCAUUAUUUUACUCAUAUUAAAAUAUUUAAAUUGUUUAUAUUAUAAAAAUAGUUAAUAACUAAAGUAGUACUAUUGCUCAGUUCAGUGGAGAAUAUUAUAGGAGUGAACGACAGUGCACUUGCACCUCCUGUGAUUAUGUAGCUGGUGCGAAGAUUUGUUUUUGAAUCUGCUGAAGCUGAACUCCAGUAUUAUUUUAAAAACGAAUUUGAUGAAUUAGUGUAACACAUUCCUAUUAAUCUUAUAAAUGCAAACGUUUUAGAUAAUGUUAGGAUAUUUUAAUUUUUUAAUUUUUUUCUUAAUCAUUCCAAAACUGGUAGAAAAGUUAUUCACAGGAAAAAAAGGCCAUAAUAAUGUACUAAUACAUUUUGUACAUUUUCCUGUUUUUCCCAUUUAAUAUUAAAACAGCUGGAAAAGUCAAAACAUGAUCCCAGUCAUUUUUUAGAAAAAGUACUAUAAUUGAAAAUCUGAGCAAAAUUGUUAGUAGAAAAGUUGUUCGUAGAAACAAAAAAAAAAUAAACAUCAUUUACAAACUAAUACAUUCCUUGCUUCACUCAAAAUCUAAAAACCAUUAUUAUUAUUAGUAAAUUUGGUUUUCACAGAUAAACAAGAUUGUGUAUGGGGUUUGUUUUAAUGAUAGAAAUAAGGAACCACAUUGUAUUAUUCUGUUUUAAAUAAUUUACACGACAAAGCUAUAUAGGG